CUCAAUUGACAAUAGCCCUACCCUUUUCCGCUUCUCAGCUUCUCCACUCUCCCGUCUCUCCGUCUUCGACGUUCUGCUUCUCCACUCUAACGCCGGAUUCCGCCCUCAUCUCUCGUCUCUCACACUCUCACUGCUUUCUCCCUCGUCUCUCACCGCCUCACGCCCUCCGCCCUCGGCGACACUCCCUCACGCCCUCUGCCACCAAACGGCCAGACCUCACUACGACACUACCCAGUCAGCGACUCAGCGGCGACCGCCAGGGACUCAGCGACUGCAACUCGCCAACUCCUCCGUUUCCUCGUCUAUUCGUCCUCAAGGAGUCGAGUACUACUGUACAAAUCUGGUUAAUUCCUCGAAAAUUAUCUCGGGUAAUAGAAUGAAGAAAGCAAUGGAGCCGGAGGUUGUUGCGACUUCAAGCAAAAUUAAAUUUGAGGACAGUGAUGAGUAUGAAUCUUCCUCAGAAGAUGUAGAGGAAGAGAUAGAGAGAGAGCUUGCAGAAGUUACAUUUGAGGAGCUGCAGAAGGCCCGCUCAGAUGGGUCAGAGGUACUAUAUAGGAAGCCUACAGCAGAGACCAAGGGUGGCCGAUCUAACAAAAACAGGCCAAUGGAGAUAAGUAGUAAGAAGCCAGUUAGCAGAUUUAGAGAAGUUGUUCAAGUGCCAAAAAGGGUUGUACGUGACCCUCGAUUUGAGACAUUGUGUGGCAAGCUUGAUGAGGAAGGAUUCAAGAAGAGAUAUAAUUUUCUUUAUCAAAAAGAUCUUCCAGCUGAAAAAGAGGAUCUAAAGAAACAGAUGACAAGAACAAAUGACCCACAGGUCAUCAAUGAGCUAAAGAAUCGCAUUGCUUGGAUUGAUAAGCAGUUGAAAUCUGCUUCUACAAGGAAUACAGAGAAAGUGAUUCUAUCUGAGCACAAGAAAAAACAGAGAGAGGCUGCAAAACAAGGGAAACAACCUUAUUAUCUUAAAAAAUCUGAAAUACGGCAGCGUAAAAUUAUUGAGAAAUACAAGGAACUCAAGGGGUCUGGAAAGCUCGAGGCAUUUAUCGAGAAAAAGAGACGGAAAAAUGCUUCCAAGGAUCACAGGUACUUGCCAUACCGCCGUUCUGAAGAAUAAGAAAAACAGUGACAUUGCCAGUUUGCUUUCCAAAUUAAUGGUCCUUUUAGGGGGUGGUUUAAGCUGAAAUUAAUGGGCACUUCCAUUUGCCAAGGGUUGAAGUGAUUUAUUUUGGUAUUAUGAGUGAGAUAGGAUUACCAAGGCUUGAUGAUUUUGUCUUAGCCAAUAACUUAAGUUUAGAACAUAAACUGAUAUCAACAAUCAAUUAACAUGUCACUCUUUAAAAGUUUAAACUUGAGCUGGAACUUUCAAUUUAAAUUUUACUUUACAAAUGAGAGGACACAAUGAUGUAAUGAAUUUUGUAUUGACUACGACACAAUGGACCUAGUAGAAAUGAAUAUCACUUUAAUGCAAA